AUGGGCUGCGCGGUGAAGGUGUACGGGGUUGUGGCGUCUCCGUUCGUCGCGACGGUGCUGUUGUGCCUGGAGGAGACCGGCGUCAGCUACGAGCUCGUCCCCGUCGACAUGGCUGCGCGGGAACAGAAGACCGAGCCCUACCUCUCCCGAAACCCGUUCGGCAAGAUCCCUACAUUUGAGGACGGGGAAAUCACGCUGUUCGAAUCUCGCGCAAUUUCGCGGUACAUCCUCCGCAAGUACGGACCUGCCGGCACCCCCAAAGAUCUCCUACGAGAAUCCAACCUUGAGGAAUCAGCCAUGGUGGACGCGUGGACGGAGGUGGAGGCGCACCAGUACCACCCGGCCAUCUCCAACAUAGUCCGGCAGUGCGUCAUCAUGCCGCUGAUCGGGGGCGCCCGCGACCAGGCAGUGGUGGACGAGAACGUUGGGAAGCUGGGAAAGGUCUUGGACGUGUACCAGGCGCGGCUGUCGAGCUCGCCGUACCUAGCCGGAGACUUCUUCAGCCUCGCUGACCUCGCGCACUUUGCCUUCACCUACUGCCUCAUGGCCGGCACUGAAUACACGCCGCUGCUGGUGAAGCGCGCCAGCGUCGGGGCAUGGUGGGGAAGGAUCAUUGCCAGGCCGGCGGUGAGGAAGGUGGCCGCUCUGAUCGACCUCGGGUUGCUGAAGCAGAUGUCGUCUUCUUAA